GACAAAAGAACCCUUUGUCCUCUUUCCAAAACGUCCCAACACACCCGAAUAACUAGAAGCAUUUUCGAGUAAAGUGGCAAUCAAUGAGUUCAAUUCGUGUGCUUGACCUUGUCAAGCCUUUUACAGGCUACCUCCCAGAGGUGAUUGCGCCAGAGAGAAAGGUUCCAUACAACCAGAAGCUCAUGUGGACAGGUGUGACGCUGUUGAUCUUCUUGGUGAUGAGUGAGAUCCCACUGUAUGGUAUUGCAUCAUCUGAGUCUUCAGAUCCACUCUACUGGCUGAGAAUGAUGCUUGCGUCUAAUAGAGGUACCCUCAUGGAGUUGGGUAUCUCCCCUAUUGUGUCUUCCAGUAUGGUGUUCCAGCUCUUGCAAGGUACACAGCUCAUCGAUGUCAACAUGGAGGACAAGAAGGAUCGUGAGCUGUUCCAAACAGCUCAAAAGAUGCUUGCCAUCAUGCUCUCCAUCGGCCAAGCUACUGUGUACGUGCUCACUGGUAUGUACGGAAGACCAUCUGACCUUGGUAUCGGUGUCUGUCUCCUUUUGAUCCUUCAAUUGGUGUUUGCCGGUGUCAUUGUCAUCCUCUUGGAUGAAACUCUUCAAAAGGGUUACGGUUUGGGUUCUGGUACUUCCCUCUUUAUGGCUACAAACAUCUGUUCUGAUAUCUUCUGGAAAACCUUUGCCCCAACUACUGUGAACAGUGGUCGUGGUAAGGAGUUUGAAGGUUGUCUUGUCGCCUUCUUCCACUUGUUAGCUACUAAGAAGGAUAAGAAGAGAGCCCUCGUUGAGGCGUUCUACAGACAAAACUUGCCAAAUUUGUUCCAGUUGCUCUCAACUUUCUUCGUCUUCUUCCUCGUUGUCUACUUGCAAGGUUUCCGUUACGAAAUCCCACUCAAAUCUACCAGACAAAGAGGACCACACGGUUUGUACCCAAUCAAGUUGUUCUACACCUCAAACACUCCAAUUAUGUUGCAAUCAGCUUUGACUUCCAACUACUUUAUCGUGUCUCAAAUGCUGUUCCAAAGAUUCCCAAACAACCCAGUGAUUCGUUUGCUCGGUGUUUGGACCGCUAACCCAGGUAGUUCUCAACUCUUUGCCACUAACGGUUUGGCUUACUACCUCCAGCCUCCUUUCUCUCUUGCUCAGGCUUUGUUGGACCCAGUCAAGACUGUGAUCUAUGUGACCUUUGUGCUUUCUCUCUGUGCCAUUUUCUCAAAGACAUGGAUUGAGAUCUCUGGUACUUCUCCAAGAGACAUUGCUAAGCAAUUUAAGGAACAAGGUCUUGUCAUUGCUGGUCAUCGUGACACUUCUGUCUACAGAGAGUUGAAGAAGAUCAUCCCAACUGCUGCUGCCUUUGGUGGUGCUUGUAUUGGUGCCCUCUCAGUCGGCUGUGACCUCUUGGGAACUUUGGGAUCGGGUACUUCCAUCUUGUUGGCUGUCACAACUAUCUACAGUUAUUACGAAUUGGCUGCAAAGGAAGGUGGUUUCCAAAAACAAAUUGUUGCUGGUUUCUCUGAUAUGAUCUAA